ACACAACGUCAGUUAUGUUUGUUAUGUCCUGCUAGUCAGACGAGCAUUCAUAUUUAAAACGUUUUUUUUUACUAACAAAGAAAACUAUUAAAAUGAAACAGCAAGCUAACAGAGCAAUGCGUUAUGACACGCCUUAAACCACUGACUGAUGCAAAUAUGACCUCGUCAUCAGACGACAUCAUAGAAAGGUCAUCAACAGAAGAUCAUGUGAUCAAAUCAUCACAUGACAUGUCUGUUGCUGAUCACCAUACUCCUGACCCAGCAUACGUAAAGGAGACUCCUGUAUUGAAAGAGAAAAUGGACUUUGAACCUAGCGUUCAAAAAGAUGAUAACGGAACUCCAGUUCGGAGCAUCCGCAUCAGUCCAAGAUCGAUGAAUUCUAGAGUGUACGCCCCACUUCCGUUCAUCAAGCGUGACAUGCCUGCGUCUGCAACAGAUCAUAAAUCUGAACUUAAGGCAGACGUUGUGACCCCAGUCAAUGACACUUUUGUAGUCAUGGACACUCUAUAUAUGGAGCAUACUUCCGUAAAAUUACGGAGGAUUUAUUCACCUGUACCAUACAGCAGACAUUGCUCCUCCUACUCUCCAGUUAACUGGCAAAAGCCAGUAGAAACCUCUACGCCAGAAGAGAGACAUCCAGAGGAUCAACAUGAUAUCAUGAUGUUAGAAAAGAAACUUCUUUCUGAGAUUCCAACGUCGAACGACAACAAUAAAAGCUGCUACUCUGUUUCACAUACAAAAGCCACUUCGGAAACUUCCAUUACCAAUAACGAUAUCGACACGGUCGCCGUAAGUAAGGCAUUGGCCAUGGAGAAAACGCUUGGGAAUAUGGACCGUUGUGGUGUAAACACAAGUUGCUCUAAAGAGUAUACCCAAGUGGAAAAUGAUAUCAAACAGAAAGAAAAUAGGCGGAAAGAAGAGCUGAUCAAGAUGAAACCAAGAGAGAAGCAACAGUUCGCAGUAAAUCAGGAUACAACAGCCAAACAAUCGAAAAAGAAAAGUACAAGGACAAAACAAAGCAAAUCCAAGAAGUCAACUAAAAUAACUGUAUCUGAGACAACUGCUGUUAAGGAAAGCAGUGAAUCUAACGGUUCACAAGAAAUGCUGGAACUUAAAAAGGUUUACGAAGCUCACUUGAAAGAAAAAGAAGAAUUUGAAAAAUUGAUCGAGAAACGAGAAAAUGAGAUAAAUGAACAAUUGAGAGAGAUGGAUGAGGUGAUGGAAUCAAUUUAUUCAGAACAUGCUGAGUUAGAAAAAGCAACUGGAGCAUUUGCUGAUGCAAUGAAAGCCCACACUAAUUACAAAGACGAAGCGUCACGACUCAGAGUUCAACAUAUAGAGCAAGAGAUCAGUUCAGAUAUUUUGUUAGAAGAGAAUGCAGACUUGAAAGAGGAAAUCCGUGAACUGUAUGAUGAAAUAAAUGAAAUGAAAGAAAGACGGGCUUUAGGAUUACAGGAGUUAAAGCAAGACACAAAAGAAACAGAAUGUGCAGUGGAACUCUUGAAAUACAAAAACGAGGAGGUGGAAGAAGAAAGUAAAAAGAAAAUAGAAGAAUUUAAUAGUUUGAGAAUGAUACUGAUGGACAAUGGUAUUACGUAUGUUAGAAAGGGAACGUUUGCUCAAGAAGUUGAUAGUAGUAUUUCUAAGUUUCCACCACUGAACUCACAAAAUAUGAUUCGUCCCGAAUUAGAAAUUGAUAUCGCACAUAUUGGGAAUGUUUCUCCAGAUAUUGGGACACCUCGGAACGAUAGUAUAACUGAAAAUGGCAUAUUAUUAAAGUGGGUUAAUGAGCAAAACUUUCCUUCCGAUGAAAAUGCGAAAAUAUCUGCAGAUUGGGAUACCGAUGAAAGAAAUGAUUCUGUUGAGGUAUUUAACAAUGAAAGAGGUCAACCACAUGGCACCACAGCCGUGUACGUCCCACAGCCUCUCAGUGUAAAAAUCACUGAUGAAAACAUUGGAGAGGGAGAUGCGCCAGUAUGCGCAGUUAAAGACGAAAGAACAUCACCUGACUGUUGCAGAUCGGAAGUACCGGAAAGGCAAAUGUCUGCAGCUGAAUUUGCAAGACUGCCUGUUGUUCGUGAGAGAAAAUCUAGAAUCCCUAAACCACUUGUGCGACCUUAUGGGCGCGCUGCUGGAGACAGUGAAAUUCUUAAAGCCUCUGAAGGUAGAUCCUUAAUGAAGACUCAGGAUGAAAAUUAUAAAAGAGAUGAUUGUACACCAGAUGUCAAAGGACAUGCCACAACAUCAAGCUUAGGUUAUUUUGAUCCAGAGAUUGAUAAAUUUGACCGAACGGACGUAGAAAGAUCUGAUAAUAUCACAAGCUGCAGCAUUGUUUCAGAACAAUGCCGAGAGUUUAAGGGAAAUACAAUCCGUAGGUCAGGUGAUAAGCUUAGCGAACGUUCCGUGAGGAAACACGAAAAUGCUCAAAAAAAUUGCAACAAGACAGAAAUAAAAUCAAAGAUUGACACUGGAUUAAAACAUCGACCGACCAAUACCACGGCAAAUAAACCAGGAAAGCUUAUUCAAUCUAUUACAAAAAUUGAUAAGUCUGCUUCUAGAAAUAGAAAAGAAACGAGGAAAGAACCAGCACGUGUGAAAUACAGCAACAAAGAUGCCGUAACAAACAUAAGAAAGGAACCAUCUUGUAUAAAAGCUAAAAACCACGAUCUUCCUCCAUUGAAAAAUGUGUCUAUGGCAACAAAGAAUGCCGAUAACGUACCGAGAUCGUCUUCGUCAUUUGGAAAUAAAACACCUCUUCCAAACAUAAAACCAGCCAAUCAACACAAAACUAAAACACUUCUUCCGAACGUAAAAUCAGCAAAUCAACAGAAGGACAUGAAAGCAGCAUCUGAAAAAAGACCAGCUAGACGGCCAGUUUUGCCCCCAAUAAAGUCAUCAAAGGCUGAUCCCCAUAAAAGACCAUUUGCAAACGCAGAAACGGACAAAAAUGCAACACAAAUGUCGUCAAAGAAUCAUACAGCUAAAGCCAGGCCGGCUUCGUUUUCCCCUACACCACCAUCAUAUGCAUCUAGAUCUACUAGGAAACCAAGUUACAGAACGCAAAAAUUGCAAAGCUCGAGAAAGGACGAUAAAGCAAGAGUGUUCUAUGAGAGGGCAUAAAUGACUUAUUUAUUAAAUGAAGAAAUUUGAUAUCUUGAUUACCAUUUGUAGAUGACAUUUUGUUACUGAAUGUGUUACGUGUGAACAUAUACUUUGAAUAUUUUUUUUUUUUGAAUAUCGUGAUUAAAAAGAUCAUAGACUUAGACUGGUUGUUAUAUUGUUAUUGCUAUUCUUUCUUUAUUUAAGAUCGCAUGAUUUUUUCAAGAUUAUGACAUUUCUGCUGGCGGCAAGUGAUUCUGCCUUUGCGACAAGUGUAGAUCAUGA